AUGUUAGACGACGUUGCAUUCAUCAAGACGCCUGCUGCUAAAAAGCAACCACCAGCUUCCAACGAGUGUGGUGUUUGGACUUCUGAUUCUCCAGCUAUUCAUAAUGCACCAUUACCUGCUGAUGGACCUGGCUCAACUUCUUUUUCAAAUACAAUUUUGUUGAGUAUUUUGGCAUUAGUUCCAGGUUACAUCACCUACAAAUUAGGUUUAGGUUUCAAGACCUGGGUGUUUUUCUUUUUGGUUUUAGCAAUUCCUAUCUUAAUGGCGUAUUGGAGUAUUAUGUCCACUUUCUCUCCACGUAUCAAUGAAAAAGUCAAGUAUCCGAACAGACCAAUUUCUUACUAUUUGGAAUUCCACACUCCAGAAUUGAAGGCUAAAUAUGAAACUUCAAACGGUGGUAAAGGUUCUAAAAUCCCAAUUGAAACUUUCCAGGAAUUGUACUUUGAUGGAAAAGUGUCCUUCAAAGGUGAUUGUUUGGAUGUUUUGGAAUACAAGCACGAUUGGGCCAGCUUCAGAUUUACAUUAGGCUUGUUUAGAUUCUUCUUAUUGGGUAUGAUUCCAGAGGUCAUCUUCCAUUCUCAAUCGCAAGAUGAAGAGCAAGUUAGAGACCAUUACGACCGUGGUGACGAUUUUUACACCUGGUUCUUGGGUCCAAGAAUGAUCUACACUUCCGGUGUUAUCGGUGACAUUACUAGAGAAGAAACUUUGGAAGAAUUACAGGAUAAUAAAUUGACUGUUAUGGCAGAUAAGAUCGACUUGAAGAAAGGAGAUCAUGUUUUGGAUAUUGGUUGUGGUUGGGGAACUUGGACCACUUUCGCUUCCUCCAAAUACGGUGCUAACGUUACUGGUAUUACUUUAGGUAGAAACCAAACCAAAUGGGGUAACACUUUGUUGAAGGAAUAUGGCAUUCCAUCUGACCAAUCCAGAAUUGUUUGUUGUGAUUAUCGUGAUGCACCAAAAUCUUCUAAACCAAGUGGUAAAUAUGAUAAAAUCACCUCAGUUGAAAUGGCUGAGCACGUUGGUAUCAGAAGAUUGACUGCAUACUUGGAACAAUGUAGAGAUGCUUUGGAAGACGAUGGUUUGCUUUUCUUACAAUACUCUGGUUUAAGAAAGAAUUGGCAAUAUGAAGAUUUGGAAUGGGGAUUGUUCAUGAACAAAUACAUUUUCCCAGGUGCUGAUGCCUCAACUCCAUUAAGUUUCUUUGCUAGUUGUAUGGAAUCAGUUGGGUUCGAGAUUGUUAGUGUUGAUAACAUUGGUGUACACUAUUCCGCAACUUUAUGGAGAUGGUACAGAAACUGGAUUGGGAACAAAGAUAAAGUUGUUAACAAAUACGGCGUCAAAUGGUACAGAAUUUGGGAAUUUUUCUUGGGUAGUUCGGUUGUUGCCAGUAGAAACGGUACUGCCACCUGUUAUCAAUUCGUUUGCAGAAAGAAUAUUAAUUCAUACAGAAGAAUUGACUAUGUUCCACAACAAAAAGGUUUGCAAGGUCCUGUUCAAGAAGGAACCAAAUGGGCAAAGGAGUUUACCAAUUUCUACAAUUGA